AAAAAAUAACUGCGUUUGUUUUAUUGAAACGAAAAGUCAAGUCGCAUACAUUGAAAUCAACAUGCUGCUUGAUUGUAAAUACUCACUUCUUAAACACAGUUACCCAAUGAAUUCAUACAUACACCUUUUAGGCCAAUCGCACAGUCACAAGAGUGAACGAUUUUUAUGAGCAAACAAGUGUGUGUGUCUUCACCAGAUCCCUUUCUCUAUCAGCAUGUCAACAUAUGAUCCGACAUUCAUGAAAGAAGCACUUGUUGUGGCUCAAGAUGCUUAUGAUCAUUUUGAAGUUCCUGUAGGUUGUGUUUUUGUGUUGAACAAUCAAACUAUUAUUGCAAGAGGUCGCAAUAAACCCAAUGAAAGCUAUAAUGCCACACGACAUGCAGAAAUUGAAGCCAUUGAUUUAAUCUUGAAAGAUCAUGACAAGACAAUCUUUGAUCGCGUUGAUCUUUAUGUUACAGUUGAACCUUGUGUGAUGUGUGCUUCUGCUCUUCGACAGAUAGGCAUUCGCCAUGUUUAUUUCGGUUGCGGCAAUGAUAAGUUUGGUGGCAAUGGAUCUGUCUUUCAUAUCCAUACAGAGUAAAUACCAGACAAUACAUGAAGACACCAGUAUUAAUCUUAUUUGUUAGUUCUCGUCUUGAUACAAGUCAAUCGAAAGGAUACCCAUCUGAAGGUGGGUUUUUUUAUGAAGAAGCGAUUCUGAAAACAGAAUCGCAACUCAUUUUGAAUAGCACCUGUGCCUCGAAAGAAGACGAACCGAAUAUUAAAGACAGAAAUCAUACCCAAUCAUAAAUGUUAAUAUUGCUUCCUAUCCUUCAAUAAGCUAUCCAAAGCAUAAUAGAUGAGUGCUUUAACCCAUGUAGAACAAAAGUUUAGUUUAUCUAUUAAAGAAAUGUGCCUAUCCGAAAACAAAACUUGAAAAAGCUCUACUGGCAAGAUUCUUUUAAUACCAUCACCUAUCGCUUUUUUUAUUUUAUUUUUUUUGACUAAUACAGUAAGGAUAAAC